AGGCGGCGCGCACGCGCAAGGGAACAUGGCGGCGGCGGAGCCCUCGGUGGCCGCGCUGGCUGGCGGCGGCGGUGUGGGCGCGGGGGCGCCGUCGGGCGGCGUGCCGGUGCUCUUCUGCUUCUCGGUGUUCGCGCGGCCCGCGUCGGUGCCCCACGGCGCGGGCUACGACGUGCUCAUCCAGAAGUUCCUGAGCCUGUACGGCGAUCAGCUCGACAUGCACCGCAAAUUCGUCGUGCAGCUCUUCGCCGAGGAGUGGGGCCAGUACGUGGACCUGCCCAAAGGCUUCGCUGUGAGCGAGCGCUGCAAGCUGCGCCUGGUGCCGCUGCAGAUCCAGCUUACGACCCUGGGAAAUCUCACACCUCCGAGCACUGUGUUUUUCUGCUGUGACAUGCAGGAACGAUUCCGUCCAGCCAUCAAGUACUUUGGAGACAUCAUUAGUGUGGGACAGAGACUGUUGCAAGGAGCUCGGAUAUUAGGGAUUCCAGUUAUCAUAACAGAACAAUACCCCAAAGGACUUGGCAGCACCGUUCAAGAAAUUGACUUAACAGGUGUAAAACUGGUUCUUCCAAAGACCAAGUUUUCUAUGGUGUUACCUGAAGUCGAAGCGGCGUUAGCUGAGAUUCCUGGCGUCCGGAGUGUUGUGUUGUUUGGAGUAGAAACGCACGUAUGUAUCCAGCAGACUGCCCUGGAGCUGGUCGGCCGAGGCAUUGAGGUCCACAUCGUGGCUGACGCCACCUCCUCGAGAAGCAUGAUGGACAGGAUGUUUGCUCUUGAGCGUCUUGCUCGAACUGGGAUCAUCGUGACCACUAGCGAGGCUGUCCUCCUACAGCUGGUAGCUGACAAAGACCACCCGAAGUUCAAGGAAAUCCAGAACCUCAUCAAGGCGAGUGCCCCGGAGUCUGGUCUGCUUUCCAAAGUAUAGGAGGCGUGAAGGAUUGGGAUCCUCCUUCCCUCCAGGCGGCGGGACUGCAAGCCAGACAAGCCCUCGUCUCUACUAGAACCAAUAUGUUAAGUCAACAGCAGCUCCUUCUUUGCAGCUCUUAGUAACACUUAACUGUCUAGACCAUUGGGUACAAGUGUUUAGUCACAAGUGUUUCGUUACGAUGCUGAGGCUUCAGGUGCUGCUUCUCUUCUGUGUUUCCUAAUGAGCUUUUAGUUACUAAGACAAAUUACCAUGGAGGUGCCUGUCUUGUCUACACUGUAUACCCUGACCAUAUCUUUCCAAAGUGCAUCCUCUGGUGACGUUUUUCUUAAAUUGUGCACUUUAAUGG